AUGGCGACUGCAGCUCGUACUUUCACCCGCGCUCUGCGCACCUCGGCCCGGCCUGCGUUCGCCGCAGUGCCGCGUGCUGCUCCCCGUACGGCUUUCACCGCUGCCCCCCGCUCUGGUGUCGCUGCUGUGCGCCGCGCCGCUUUCCAACAGGGUGGCCGUCGGUACUACUCGUCCGAGUCGUCGUCGUCGUCGGAAUCCACCGAGCAGAAGAGUGGUUCGAGCCGUACGGCCGCAAUCGCUGGUGCCCUCGCCCUUGUGGCCAUUGCGGGUUACUAUGCGACCACCCUCAGCGGCAGCUCGGGCCCCCGCACGGCUAAGGACUACCAGGCCGUGUAUGAUGUGAUUGCCUCCCGCCUCGAGGAGAACGACGAGUACGAUGACGGUAGCUAUGGCCCGGUGCUGGUCCGUCUUGCAUGGCACGCCAGUGGUACUUUCGAUAAGCAGACGGGUACCGGUGGUAGCAACGGUGCCACUAUGCGCUUUGCGCCUGAGAGCGACCACGGCGCCAAUGCUGGUCUGAAGGCUGCCCGUGAUUUCCUCGAGCCUGUGAAGAAGCAGUUCCCGUGGAUCACGUACUCCGAUCUCUGGAUCCUGGGCGGCGUGUGCGCCAUCCAGGAAAUGCUCGGCCCCAACAUUCCCUUCCGCCCCGGCCGUGAGGACAAGGACGUCGCCGCCUGCACUCCCGAUGGUCGCCUUCCCGACGCCUCCCAGGCCCAUGACCACCUCCGCAACAUCUUCUACCGCAUGGGCUUCAACGAUCAAGAGAUUGUCGCUCUUGCCGGUGCUCACGCUCUGGGCCGCUGCCACCCCGACCGCUCCGGCUACUCGGGUCCCUGGACCUUCUCCCCGACUGUCCUGACCAACGACUUCUACAAGCUCCUGCUCGAUGAGAAGUGGCAGUACAAGAAGUGGGAUGGCCCCAAGCAGUUCGAGGACAAGAAGACCGGUACCCUGAUGAUGCUUCCGGCGGACAUGGCGCUGGUCCAGGACAAGAAGUUCAACGAGUGGGUCAAGAAGUACGCGGCCGACAACGACCUCUUCUUCAAGGACUUCUCCGCGGUCAUUGUCAAGCUCUUUGAGCUCGGCGUGCCCUUCAAGGAGGAUGUCAAGCCCUUUGUGCUCAAGACCAGCAACUAG